AUGGAUGCUGGGAUCCCCGCUCAGCGGAGACGGCGCGAGAUGGCGGCGGCUACUUCGGGAGCUGGCCGCUGGCCGCUAAGCAAGGUCAGAGCCAGCCGGCGCCCACCUCCAGCUCGAGUAAGGGUGGCUGUGCGUCUGAGGCCAUUUGUGGAUGAGACAGCUGGAGCAAAUGACACUCCCUGUGUCCAAGGCCUGGAUAGCUGCUCUCUGGAGAUUGCCAACUGGAGGAACCACCAGGAGACGCUCAAAUACCAAUUUGAUGCUUUCUAUGGGGAGAGGAGCUCCCAGCAAGACAUCUAUGCCGGUUCAGUGCAGCCCAUUCUAAGGCACUUGCUGGAUGGACAGAAUGCUAGUGUGCUAGCCUAUGGACCUACAGGGGCAGGGAAGACACACACAAUGCUGGGCAGCCCAGAGCAGCCGGGGGUGAUCCCCCGGGCUCUCAUGGAUCUCUUACAGCUCACUAGGGAGGAGGGUGCUGAGGGCCGGGCCUGGGCCCUCUCCGUCACUAUGUCCUACUUAGAAAUCUACCAGGAAAAGGUCCUAGACCUCUUAGACCCUGCAUCAGGUGACCUGGUCAUCCGAGAAGACUGUCGGGGAAACAUCCUGAUUCCAGGCCUCACACAGAAGCCCAUAACUAGCUUUGCUGAUUUUGAGCGGUACUUCCUGCCAGCCAGUCGAAAUCGGACUGUAGGCGCCACCCGGCUCAACCAGCGUUCCUCCCGCAGCCAUGCUGUGCUUCUGGUCAAGGUCGAUCAACGCGAACGGUUAGCUCCGUUUCGCCAGCGGGAGGGAAAGCUCUACCUGAUUGACUUGGCUGGCUCCGAGGACAACCGGCGCACGGGUAACAAGGGCCUGCGGCUUAAGGAGAGUGGAGCUAUCAAUACCUCCCUCUUUGUGCUGGGCAAGGUGGUUGACGCGCUGAACCUGGGCCUCCCUCGUGUACCUUACCGGGACAGCAAGCUCACUCGCCUGCUGCAGGACUCCCUGGGUGGCUCAGCCCACAGCAUCCUCAUCGCCAACAUUGCCCCCGAGAGACGCUUCUACCUUGACACAGUCACUGCUCUUAACUUCGCUGCCAGGUCCAAGGAGGUGAUCAACCGGCCCUUUACUAAUGAAAGCUUGCAGCCUCAUGUUUUGGCACCUGUCACACUGUCUCAGAAAGAACUGCUAGGCUCAGAGGCAAAGCGAGCCCGAGGGCCUGAAGACGACGAAAUGGGAAGCCCUGAGCCCCUUGCACCUCCAAACUCUGCCUCCCAGAAACUCAGCCCUCUGCAGAAGCUAAGCAGCAUGGACCCUGCUAUGCUGGAGCGCCUCCUAAGCUUGGACCGUCUACUGGGCUCCCAGGGAAGCCAGGGAACCCCUCUGCUGAGCACCCCACGGAGAGAGCGAAUGGUGCUCAUGAAGACAGUGGAGGAAAAAGUCUUGGAGAUUGAGAGGCUUAAGGUGAAGCAGAAAGAACUGGAGGCCAAGGUGCUGGCCCAGGAGGCUGUGGAGCCAAAGGAAAAGGAAAAUUGCUCUCCCACAAUACUCCGACCCCUCUCCCACCGCAGUAUCUCAGUGGCUAAGCCCCUGAAAAAGGCUGUGGUGUUGCCCCUACAACUGCUGAAGGAGCAGGCAGCAUCCCCAAUUGCUGAGGUCCAUAUCCUGAAGAAGAGAGGCCGGAAGAGGAAGCUGGAGUCCCUGUGUGCCUCCGAGCCUGAGGAGAAAGCUGAGGACUGUUGGGAGCCACAGAUCAGCCCAGAGCUACUGGCCCAUGGGCGCCAAAAAAUCUUGGACCUGCUGAACAAAGGCUCAGCCCGGGAUCUACGCAGCCUGCAGCGCAUUGGACAAAAGAAAGCCCAACUCAUUGUGGGCUGGAGGGAGCUCCAUGGUCCCUUUAGUCAGGUGGAGGACUUGGAACGGGUGGAGGGCAUAUCUGGAAAACAGGUGGAGUCAUUCCUAAAGGCAAACAUCGUGGGUCUAGCUGCGGGCCAUCGCUGUGGCCCCUCCUGA